AUGGCGAGUUACUUUGACAUGAACGAAUUCAGCGUAGAACAACUUAUGGCACUCAACGAGAUCAUUGACAGCGAUAGUGAUAUUGAUGAAAGGGUGGAGGAUAUCAUGGCGGACAAAUUCUACAGGGUUGCACCUAAGGAUAAGGGUAAAGAUCCCUUUGAAGGAGAAAGACAAUUCAUAGAUGAAGUCGAUCGUGAUAUGGAUGUAAACAAACCAAGACGUCUUCCCCUGAACUAUAAGGGUAGAAGAGGAAUCAUGCCAACAUGGAAGUACUCCGAAAGACAGAAGGCUAAGGCCCUACUUGUAGAGGAGGCAUACCAAAGUCUACUAGCGAGGGGAGUUGAGGGGUUACCACCAACAAUGGGAGGAAGAUGGAGAACCGAUGAUCCUCAGGUGAAUGCGGAAAUGAAGAGAAUUGAAAAUGAGAGAAAUCCUAAGCGUCCUAGAGGUAGACCACCAAAGCCUAAGGUUGAUGGUGAAGUUAAGGUUCCUAAAAGGAAAGGUAGACCACCAAAGCCCAAAACUGACGCUGAAGUUAAGAUUCCUAAAAAGAGAGGUAGACCACCAAAACCCAAAACCAAUGCUGAAGUUAAGAUUCCCAAAAAGAGAGGUAGACCACCUAAGGUUAAGAGGCAAACAGUUGCUGAAAGAUUCCUGAGUCAAAAGAGGAUAAAACUCUCAGUGCCUGCGGAUAGCAUUAUAACUCCAACUGGUCCAGGAAAGUUUACAAUUAGUGUGGAUCUCAAUAAGAAACCUAAAAGGAAAGCUCCUAAAAUACCUAAGGGUGUAGCUCCUUGGAAACCAACACCUAAACCCAGAACUAUAAUUCCUAGGGAAAGACCAGUUCCUAAACCAAGAACCAUAAUUCCUAGGGAAAGACCAGUUCCUAAACCAAGAACCAAAAAACCAGCGCCCCCUCCAAAAACCCGCAAGCCUGCAAAAGUAUCGAAGGAAGUCGAGAAGCAGCCCGUAGUGGUUACACCUGAGGAACAUGAAAUCGAUCCAUUUGGAACCUACCUAGAGAAGCCACCCCACAGGAAAAUCGAAACAGCUGCAAACGGUGCUGCUGUAACUUACUCGAUAACUCCUCGGUUUAUGGACCCCCUAGACCAGAUGAUCGCAAGUAGGCAGGUGGUAAGAGGAAUACUAGUAAACGAGCUGAAGAGAAUGGGAGGGUUGAAAUAUACCGAGACAAUUAAGGUGAGAAUGUCAAAGGAGAUCGGUAACGAUAAAACAAAGAAGGACUCAAUCUACUUCAAGUCUAAAACUGGCACAGCAACUAACUUCAAGGACAUUGAAAGUACAGCUGCUCAAAACCAACUGACAAUAUUAUCUAGAAUUGAAACCUUUCAGAACUUAGGUUCAAACUGGAUCAUACUUAACAUUGAGAGCCAUUAUGUAAACAUUGCAAUGUACAAACCUCUUAAGGGUAGUUCAUAUAUGAAACUACCUGCGGACAUUAGUAAUCCAAAGUGUGGGCUAGUUAAUAUAAAAAAUGAUGAUAAUAUGUGUUUUAUGUGGAGUCAUGUAAGACAUCUAAAUCCAAAGCCUAGAAGAGCAACUACAAUUACACGUAAGGAUAGAGAGUUCACAGACAACCUAGAUUAUAGCGGUAUAGACUUCCCUGUAAAGAUAAGUGACAUCGAUAAAAUUGAGAGGAAAAACAGCAUCAGCAUAUCGGUGUUCGGUUAUAAGGGUAAGAAGCAGUUCUAUCCUAUAAGAAACUCCAAAACCCACUACGACGAGCAUAUGGAGUUGCUGCUGCUAGGUGAUGGUAACGGUAACAACCACUACGUUCUCAUAAAGGAUGUAAAUAGGAUGCUUUUUAGUGUAAGCGGAAAUUCAAACAAGAAGCACUUCUGUUUACACUGUCUUCAUAGUUGUGUAAGUAAAGAGUCACUAGAAAAACAUAAGGAGACAUGUCUGGAGGUAAACGGAACUCAGGCCACAAAGCUUCCUAAGGAAGGUACUAAAAUAAAGUUCAAAAAUCACAGAAACUCGAUGCCUGCACCAUUCGUAAUAUACGCUGACUUUCAGUCUAUACUGGUUCCAGAAGAGAGAAAAGUCGAUUCCGAAAACAUUGAGGACAAAAGCAGUACAGACCUUUACCAAACGCACAAGGCCUGUAGUUUUGGAUUAAAGACAGUCUGCCAUUAUGAUGACAAGUACUCUGGUGAGUAUAUAAGCUACGUUGGAGAGGAUGCUGCACUGGUCUUCCUGAGAACUGUAUUAAAAGAGUCCUUCAAGUGUAGAGAUAUGGUAAACAAAAUAUUCAAGAAAAAAAUGGUAAUUACACCCGAAGAAGAAGCUGAGUUCUGGAAGGCAAGAAACUGUUCGAUAUGUGGUAAUGAUCUCGGAGACGAUAGAGUAAGAGAUCACGAUCAUGUAACUGGACCGUAUCGCGGAGCUGCUCAUAACAUAUGCAACCUAAAAUACAGAAUUACAUGGAAAGUACCUGUGGUCUUCCAUAACCUGAGAGGUUAUGAUAGUCACUUGAUUAUGCAGGAAAUCGGUAAGUUCAAAAUGAACAUCAAUGUAAUCCCAAAUAAUAUGGAAAAAUAUAUUUCAUUCUCACUUGGUAAAAAUAUUGUGUUCAUUGACUCCAUACAAUUCAUGGCUUCUUCACUAGAAGCACUGGUGAGUAACCUUUCACCUGAGGACUUCAAGAUAGUAGGUAAGAGGUGGAAGGGUGAGGACUUCAACCUAGUAACACAAAAAGGAGUCUUUCCAUAUGAAUUCCUGGAUGAUAUUAGUAAACUCGACACAGAGGGUCUUCCAAGUAGGGACAAGUUCUACUCAACACUGUAUGAGUCAAAGGUGAAGGAAGAAGAUUACCAAAGAGCUCAAAAAGUAUGGGACCACUUUGGAAUGAAAACUAUGAGAGACUACCACGAUCUCUACCUAGAAACUGACGUAUUACUUCUUGCUGACGUGUUUGAAAACUUUAGAAGAACCUGCCUGGAAAAUUACAAGCUUGACCCUGCACACUACAUAUCAGCACCCAGUCUAAGUUGGGACGCCUUCCUAAAACAGUCAGGUGAGGAAAUAGAACUCGUAAGCGAUAUGGAUAUGUUCCAGUUCUUUGAGAAGGGAAUGAGAGGUGGUAUAAGUCAUAUUGCCCAUAGACACUCAGCAGCAAAUAAUAAGUACAUGGAGACGUAUAAUGAGGAGCUUGAAAACAAGUACCUUAUGUACCUCGACGCUAAUAAUUUAUAUGGUUGGGCAAUGUCACAAUCACUACCUAAUGGAGAGUUUGAGUGGGUUGAGAAAGUUGAUGGUAUGAAUCUAGAUGAUUACCUAGAAGACAACGGUAGAGGGAUGGUUUUAGAGGUUGACCUGGAUUACCCGCAAGAACUUCACGAUCCACACAACGGUUAUCCUCUAGCACCAGAGAGUAAAGAAAUUAGUUCUUCUAUGUUGUCAAGUUACGCGAAGAGUAUUGCCGACAAAUUCCAGCUGACAAUUGGAGGAGUAAGAAAACUGGUAAACUCCCUAGGACCUAGAAAGAAUUACGUCCUGCACGCCCGUAAUCUAAAACUCUACACGGACCUCGGAAUGAAACUAACAAAGGUCCAUAGAGCUGUCUCAUUCAAACAGUCCCCCUGGCUUAAGAACUAUAUUGACUUCAAUACAAAGAAAAGGUCAGUAGCCCGUAACACGUUCGAAAAGAACUUCUUCAAGUUAAUGAACAACUCAAUCUACGGGAAGACAAUGGAAAAUCUCAGGAAAAGAGUUGAUGUUAAAUUAGUGUCUUCGGAAGACGACCUCCUAAAACUAACAGCAUCACCGUGCUUCCAAUCACAUAGAAUUAUGAAUGAGAACCUAAUAGUUGUAAAAAGGAUGAAGGAAGUUUUAACCCUAAAUAAACCAUGCUACGUGGGAAUGAGCAUCUUAGACUUAUCAAAGACCCUAAUGUACGACUUCCACUACAACACAAUCAAGAAGGAGUACGGUAACAAGUCAAAGCUACUAUCCACGGAUACAGACAGUUUAAUGUAUGAAAUAAAGACAGACGAUGUCUACGAGGACUUCAGAAAAAUCGGUGAAGAAAAAGACUGUUGGGAUAACUCGGACUACCCAAAAGAUUCCCCGUACUACUCAACUCAUAAUAAGAAGGUUAUUGGUAAGUUUAAGGAUGAAGCUGCAGGAGUACCAGUAAUUGAGUUUGUUGGGUUAAGGUCGAAGAUGUACUCUUACGUAAAGGAAAAUGGUGGAGGUGGAAUGACGGCUAAAGGAGUCAAAAAGUACGUCAUCAGAAAUAAGCUUACUCAUGAAAACUUCAAGAACGUAAUUAACAUGAAAGGUCGGAUGAGACACAACAUGAACACAAUCAGAAGCGUCAAGCAUAAAAUAGGAACCUACGAACUGAAGAAAGUAACUCUUAGCUGUUUCGAUGACAAAAGAUACUUACUUGAAGAUGGAGUUACAAGUUACGCUUAUGGGCACCACAUAAUUGGAAAAACAGACGCUGAAGUGCUGAUUGAAGAAAAAAUAGAACCAAGCUGCCUACUAGUAAGAGUGGAACCAAAAAGUGAAUACUGUACGUUCGGAAAAGCCGAAAUCACUCACGACGAAAUUCCUGGAGGCCCAGUUAUAAAAAAAGGGCAACACAAGAUCGGAAGUGUACCGGGACUGGUUAAAGGACUGCUACGAAGCAGGAAGUUCACUUGCUGCAUACGCAAGGUGAAACUUCUACGACCUAGAACUGGAGGACGACGUUUUCAAAAGUGAUGAAGAAAAUGUGGAACCUGAAGUAGAGGAAUACAUACCCAGACCAGAAUUCAAAGUUGUGGUGCCCAUAAAAAGAUGGAAGUUCAAGAAACUGCAACCGUUAAGAGUGCUCGUGCCUGACAUUAAUCACAUAAGACAGAACCUGGACAUACUACCACCAGAAUCGAAGAAAGAACUGGAAAUGUUGAUGAAAAUGAAAUCUCAAGCAUUAGGUGUAAAACUUGUAAGAAGUCCCGGGAACAAGGAUGACGGAGUUCUCAUAGGAUACUAGAGAAGUUGAAUAGGAUUUGGAAUUUAGAAGUUGGAAAUAACUGAUGAAGAUUUGAGAGAAUAUGAGGUUUAGAAAACCACUGUGGUCUAGAAAAUAAAUUCAUGAAUAAAAUUAAGAAGAAAUAACCAGAUUUCACAAAUGGACUUUUGGUUCACGGAAAAACCGUCCGGACCCUAGUGGUCUAGAACCCUCAUUCCCUAUACUACUCGUGUUUCUUCUAUGGGACCUUAGUUCAUCAUCACAGUGCUCGACAGUGUUCUAAUUGGACAUUAGUGAGGAAUUGAAUGGCUUUCUUUCAUUUUCUAAGGUUUCUACAAAAAUGAUGCCAAAUAGUAAAAUACAGAAGUAUUUCUCGGCACAAAUUGUUGAAUAUCGAAAUACACCACUAUGCCAAGCACUUAUAAUUUCCUUGAUCCUGUGCCGAUAUGCCGACGACCACCUUCGCGAUUCCAAGCCGGAGAUCUCUGGCGUGGAGUGCAUAGAAUGCACUUUGGGCAAAAUGUACAUGGCGGUAGCACCAAUGCAGGGGGGGGGGGAGAAGGGAGUGGCUAACUUUUGGAAGCUGAGGAUUGAGCCCUCCAACUGGUUAUACAAUGAAAGCUACUCUUAAUUAAAUAGUUUACUUUAAAGACAAUACAUCUCGAAAAACUUCAAUGAUACAUCUGUUCCUAAAAGAAUUAAAUAAUAUGGUAUACACACAAUGCAUAAUGGUUUUUCUGCCAUAUGAAAACAAGGUCAGCUGGUCCAAUGUCGAUAGGGCUCAUUUCAAAACAUAUACCUUGAAAAAAAACAUAUAAGUUAUAAAACAUAUAAGUUGACUUUGUUUUCCCUUGUUGUGUUGACUUCGAAGCAUGUACAAAAACAAAAUUCAACAUCAAAAUUGAUGUUACAGCAUCAUUUUCGAGAUGCUCGUUCCCAGGUCCCAAAUACAAACAAGACAUUAUGCAUAGAGUCUAUACAAUUAUACUGGCUGAAAAUAAAUCAAAAUGCAUGCUGUUUAUUAUGAUCAUAAAUAGUUUACUAUAAAACUUGCUGAAAAUCAAAUACUUUGCAGGAUCCCCUUAUCAGGCCUUCAAGGGGUUUGACAACCUCACCCCCCCCCCUCAAAAUCAACAGUCUUCUCACAGCCCUGAAAAUGUUGUAUAUUUUUUCAAACACAAUACUUAACAUAUAUCAUGCUUUAGCGGAACCGUCCCCAAAGGAGAGCAUUUACUUCUUCAUUUUUGCAAAUUUGAACAAUACUCCCAUCAGAUUUGAGUUUUUCCAUAUAAAAGGAAUGUUUUAACAUUUAAAAAUGGACAUAGGGGUACCUGCAUAAUCGGCUUGGGUAAAAAUAUUUUUGUUUCACUAUGGUAUUUGAUGGAUAUUUAAAGUGUAUUGAGUUAAUUAGCUCAAGAAGAAUACCACUACCCAUACUAUGUAAGAACAUUUUUGAGUCCCGCAGUCUGUAAACCAUGUUUUAUUUCUUUUCUCUACAUAUCAAAUUACCUAUAUAGCUUAUUCUUUCCCAUUCCAUUAAAUAUUUUUAUACCAAAAAUAUUCUGAUAAUAUUCUGACACAGAAUAUCUGGUGUGUUUUAUUCCAACGUAGUCCGCCCCGAAUAUUACCAAUAUUCCAACAAUAUUCCGACGGAAUAUCACGGAAUAUCCCGAGUAUUAAUGAUAUUCCUAACCGUAUUCCAGAGUAUAGAGCUCGGAAUAUUCGACUUUUUUCGCAGUGAAUGAAGAGCCAGCCUGAGAGUCCGGAUAAUUUUAAUCAUUCUAGGUUGUCAGCCUGAGAAUUUUGAUUUGCUGAAUUUAGUUUGAAUGGUAUGUGAUUGGCUUCAUUUAACUUAAAUGGCAUACAAGCGAAUUUAAUAUUCAGGAUUUAAAAAUAACGACAAUAAUACAAAAAUAUUUUCAGUCAUUUUCAACAGACUUUACACCAGAUGUUUCACAAGUUCGUUCCAUGCUUCAUAUAUAUGUUUCAAAUUUGGAAUAUUGGUUGGUUAAUUUGUAACGAACUUCCUAACAAACUUUGUUGAUGAAAGUGUGAACUUGGCAAAUUCGAUGAAUGUCAAUGUUGGAAUGUCAAGAAAAUUGUGAAACUUGCAAAACAAAUUGUGUAUAUAAUGCCUAAAAUAGGACAGAGGUUCAAAAAGUUUUUGUAUGGUAUGCGUCCCAUCAUACCACUACUGUUUAAUCUUUGUUUAAUUUUAUAAUUUAGCAUAUUUCAUGUUUUAAGUAAUAAUUAUUGCAUGUUUGACAAACAUUAAUUACAAAGAAACAUAGAAAUAAAAUAUAGUGCCGUUCUAUCAUACUAUCAUCGUACUAUAGAAAUCAUGAAAUAUAGUGCCGUUCUAUCGUACUAUCCCUGGUAGAAAUCUUAGGUAGGAUCCUAACAGGAUCCUAACAAGAUCCUAACAGGAUCCUAACAGGAUCCUAGCAGGAUCUUGCUAAGACCCUACUAGGAUCCUACAAGAUACAUACCAGGAUCCUAUUCAGGAUCCUGUGGGAUCCUAUUCAGGAUCCUACAGGAUCCUAUGCAGGAUCAUACAGGAUCCUAUUCAGGAUCCUACAAAUCCUAUUCAGGAUCCUACAAAGUUCCUAGCAGGAUCUUGUCAGGUUCCUGCAAGUUUCUAGCAGGAUCCUAUCAGGAUCCUACAAUGUUCCUGGCAGGAUCUUGUCAGGAUCCUGCAAAGUCCCUAGCAGGAUCCUGUAGGAUCUUAUCAGGAUCUUACAAAGUUCCUAGCAGGAUCCUAUAGGAUUUUGCCAGGAUCCUACUGAAUUCCUGGCAGAAUCCUAUAGGAUUUUGUCAGGAUAUACAGAAUCUAAUGUCAGGAGCUGCACUGCAAAGCACAAAAUUACUUGCUUUCAAGAAAAUUUUACUUGUCCUGUGGGUAAGUAAAAUAUUCUAGGUAAGAAUCAGAUUUCAAGAAAAUUAUUCUUAAAAUAAGAAAAUUUUUCUUCGUUAGAACAAAAUUCUUGGUAAGAAAAUUUUUUCUAAUUUUGUCCUGUACUAAAACAAUUAAGAAUGUUUAAAAUAAUAUAUUUAACAGCUAUACAUGAAUAGGUUAUUAACCUAGGUUAUUAAUUAAUCCAUUAAGCUACAGAGCUUCCCCAUUGAUGAGUAAAAUCAUCUGGCAUUAGACAAGUAAAAAAAUAAGUAGGGCGCAUUGUGGUUCAAUCGGUUAAAGUAAUUACCGAUAGAUAAAAGUUCUCAUUCGUAGCAAUAUUCUUCAAUUUCUUGAAAAGCCUUUACCAUGUCAGACUGCCAAGUCUAGAUGGGUAGUCCAAGUCGAGCAGGUAGAACGACACCAGGAAGCAAAUCACAGCUUUGCCAUUCUCGAAUGUUACCAAUAGCUCCUUGUCAUGAUCAGCCCUGGUUCAGUAUGUCAUGGAUCAGCGGGCUUCUUUUGUAGCCAGGUAGUCAUCAAGGCCAUGUCUCCUUCCUCUUUUGGAAAAAACCCCACAAAAUUAGUUUUGGUAACAACUACACAACCCAUUAAUUAACAGCUUAUUUUUUCACUAACAAGCUAUCCUCUGGGACUAGACACUAGAGCGAAAUACUACGAUGGAUGGAAUAAGAGAAAGUUAAGAGAGUCAGUUUUGUUAGCCCAUAUUAAUAUUUAACUUAUCUCAACUAUAGGAAGGCUCAAAACUAAGAAGAUGCAUACAUACACUAAAUUUGAUUCAGGCCUUACUAAAUGAAUUUUAUAAAAUGAGACUAUAACCUCAUCUCAACAAAGUUUAUGAUGUCCACUUUGCUCUUAGCUGAGCCUGAGGUUUACUUUUUUAUUUGAAGAGUGAAUUAAUGUUCUUCAUUAGGUGAAGUACUUUUGUGUCUAGAAUUACAUGCAUAAAAAUUACCAGAUGACUGUUCAUGUAAAUAAGUGGGUCCAAUUGAUCAAUCAGCUUCUUUUCACAAUUCCUCAUGUAUGCACUUUCUUCUGCUUUAAUUCUAUAUAUUGGGUUAACAAUUUUAUGAUGCAGAUAGAUAACAUUGUGAUUUCCUCAAGUUUAAUACUCUCAAAUAUAAAUUUUCAUGUAUAUUAGGGCCAUUUAUACGAGCGAAAAUAAGUAGUGGCUUAAAUAAGUCACGAACGACUGGUAUAAACAGUCAAUUUGUUCGCAAGCGCGGCUAAAAUAAGCCCAGGCUUGAAAGCUAGAUCUAAAUUAGCCGCGGCUUAUUGCAAAUUGACUUUUUAUAUGAGUCGUUUGCGACUUAUUUAAGCCGCGGCUUAUUUUAUAGGCCGCGUCUUUAAAUAUUUUCGCUCGUAUAAAUUGCCCUAUUGUUUAAUAUACCAUGUGGGUUCAAACAUGCUUUAUCGAGUUUUAUCAAACAAGUGCAACCCAGUAUUUACUAUAAUGUGUUUAUUCAAAAUUUGAAUUGUUGAUUUUGACUAAUAUUUGACGGCAUUGAAAUGAAAUAAUUCAAUAUAAAUCUCGCGUGCGCAAAAUUCAAAUUUUAGCAGCCACAACAGGCAAACAGCCACAAGAUAAAAUGCGUAAAUAGUGUCGAUGGACGUUAUAAUUAUAUGAUAUAAACAGUAAUAUUUCAUACCUGAGAUCAAUAAGGCUUUGGCAGGGUUCGGAGUCACUUAUCCAAUACGAAAUAUAGCUUUUCCUUGGCUUUUCUUCAUCGAAAUAUACUCAAACGAAAAACAUCACACUUCACUUGACAUUUGAUACACAAUAUCCCAUAACUCAUUGUGCGUGUGGGCCCUUGUCUUCUAAAAUAGAUACACCAAAAAGCGCUAGCUACCCUGGAUUCCAGAGCCUUCAGUAAAUAAUAAAUUGAAAUGUCGCGAAGGCUCUGGUUCAACGGGAGGGUUAUUUGAUUAAACCACGCCAAUCACAAAACAGAAUUAGUGGUUUUAGUACAGAUUCUGUACUAAAACCACUUUCAAUUUAUUGUUUACUGAAGACUCUGGAAUCCAGGGUAAUGGCUAGCUUGAAACUGUGUGAAGCAUUAAUCUGGGCAAAAAAUGAUCAUAAAAAAAUGGUGAAAAUUUUAAUAAGCGAAUAAUGAGAUAGAUUUUCUAAAAAAAUUAUAUAUUUCAAUUCAAUAUAUCUCAUCUUAGCCAAGCUAAAAUUGCCUAAGGGAUUAAUGGUCAUUUCAUAGAUUUUCUUUUUAGGAUCCCACUCAGGAUCCUGUCACUUUUCCUGGUAGGAUCCUAGGAUUCUAACAAGAUCCUAGUCAGGAUCCUGUUGAUUAUAGGAUCUUGAUAGGAUCCUAAUUCAGUUCCUAUUACUUUUAGGUUUCCUAUCAGGAUCCUAUUCAGGAUCCUGUUAAUUUCAGGAUCCUAACAAGAUCCUACAGGAUCCUAUAGGAUCCUGCAUAGGAUUUCUACCAGGGAUCGUACUAUAGGAAUCAUGAAAUAUAGAAAUAUAGUGCCGUACUAUCGUACUAUAGAAAUCAUGAAAUAUAGAAAUAUAGUGUCGUUCUAUCGUACCAUAGAAAUCAUGAAAUAUAGUACCGUUCUAUCAUACUAUCAUACCAUGGAAAUCAUGAAAUAUAGAAAUAUAGUGCCGUUCUAUCGUACCAUAGAAAUCAUCAUGAAAUAUAGAAAUAAUAGUGUCGUUCUAUCAUACUAUCGUACUAUAGAAAUCAUGAAACAUAGAAAUAAUAGUGUCGUUCUAUCGUACUAUCGUACCAUAGAAAUCAUGAAAUAUAGAAAUAAUAGUGUCGUUCUAUCAUACCAUUGUACAGUAUAUUUCAGUAUUGUUUGUCUUUUGUUAAAAAUACAUCAUCCUCUUUGUGGUUCCAUAUCUCUUUCUCGACAGGCCGGUUUUGCAUUACAUUUCAAUUCAAUUUUUCUAAUAUAAAUAUCUCGGCGAGUAUUUACCCCCCUUUUAAAUAAAUGCCACCAUUGAAAUCCUCAUAAAAUAACCUUUCGAACGGGGGGUCAAGUGCCGUCAAAACAUUACACAAAGCGAAACAAUCAUAUAUUUACUCACCGCUUGGCCAAAGAUUCUAAAUUUCAUAUCCACAAGAUCUUGAAUACCCCUUGAACUUUUCGUCAUUUGCUGAACGGCUAUACAUGUAAAAUACUCUCUGUAUUCAAGCGCUUUCGUGUAGAAAGUUUUGUAUCUAUACGCCGACUAGAAAUAUUUAUUUUGAAUUUUUCAAGAUGUCAGGUUUUACUCGCACUUGCAUACAUUGCGCAAUAAUUGGCCAAUAAGAAGCUCCUUUGGCCGGGAUAACGUCAAACUCACGCGUGUAGGUGCAAUUUGACCUUGCGAAUCCAUUUCUGGCCUUUCCAGGGUCAUACGAUACAAACGCCGCAUUGUUUUGACAGUUUUCAGUCGUAUAUCCGGUUGGGAUUAAUUCACUUCGAGCUCACAGUCGGACAAGAAAUGGAAAUAUAUUGAUAAAAGAUACAGAUUUGUAGAUUCAGGGUUGCAAAUAACACUCCAAAAACACUAUUUAAUGGGGAUUCGAACAAGACUAUUACAAAGACGAUAUGUUCGAUGGGGCUGAAGUUAUUUUCGGCAAAAGGUAUGGCUAGUCUAUAAUAAUCUGUAUUUUUGUUCAGACAAUUGCAUAAUUUGAUGCAAUAUGAUCGUUUUGACUUUCAAAGGCCCAUAAAUCGUUACAAUAUUAAUAAUGACUAUAACUAUCGUUUGGAACUAGUUGAUAUUUGAAUCUGAAUCGAAUGGUGGUAUUUCUGUCUUCAUAGCAUGCACUGAACCGAAAGUAUGAAAUUUCGAGCCGUCGAUCGCUAGCGGUCGACGAAAAUUGGGUCUGUUGAGAAAGAGAUAUAUAUGCAAUUUCAACUGCAUGCAGCAACCAGUGAUAUUCACUUUUAUAUACUCAGGUGUUAGCUAGCCCAUAUACUGUCCGUUUGACGGACUCUUCCCAAUUGAAGUAGCUAAGGGGCUUUCCCAACUGGUUCUACUGGAAGAUUUUCAUUUUUUCUGAUGAGAAAGUGCAUUGCGUUUGAUUUUAUAUUAUUAUAUCAAAGAACGAUUUAUUUACAUUUUCCCAUUAACUAUUUUCUCAAAAUGUAUCGCGUGUCAUUCAUAUUGGGUGUGUAUGAAAUGAAAUGUACAAAACAAAGUGUAAUCGGUGUGCAUCUGUGUUCAUUCACCGGAAAUGAAAUAUACAAAACGAAGUGACAUCGGGUGCAUUUAUCAGUGUUCAUUUAGGAAUGUACAAAACCAAGCUACCUUUGUUGAUCUAAGGAGAAACACGUUGGAAAAAAACUUUGAUCGGUCAAAAAAACUUUCCCAAUUUACGUUCAAACGGACAAAACUUUUUUUUUCUGGCUAACACCCUGAUACUAGGUAAUAGUAUAAAAAGGAGUUGGUCAGGUUGCCUCUGUUAACGAUUGCAACGGGUAUUCAUCUUGUUAUUUGAAAGUGAUUUUCAUUACCUGGGGAUUCAGUAAUGAAAUUAUGACAUCAUAGGUCGCGGUCCAAAAUUUGUCCGAGGGCCCUGCGAUAUCUCUCAGUGAAUUCGACUCGCCCUGCAUGAGCUGACCAGAGUGAACUGAUAUUAGCAUUAAAGUGCCCCUGGCAGCAAAAAUUUUUAUUGGCGAUAUUAAAUCUAGGUAUGAUUUCUAGCGUAUCCGUGAAAAAAUUUUUCAAUUUGGUCAAAUCGUUCCAUUUUUAUGGCGUUUUAAAGUUGGCUUUCAAUGGACCUUGUCCGCCGUGGCAAGGAGUCCGGGUCUAGCCCAAUUUCUGACGUCACGCAAGGCAGUCGGCAUUUAGCUUUGAUCGAUUUGGAUUGUUGUUUUGCUGUUUCAGUCGGUGAUUCUGUUUUAUAUUUGCUCAAAAAUACUAUGUCUGACCAUGAAACUGAUUCGGAGGAGAGUUAUCAAACUGAUGACUCCGAUAUAAACUUUAUUCCGGGGUACAUAUGGAAUGCCCUGACCUUGGAAGUUCGGAUGAUGGCUCGAGCGUUGAAGAGGACAACGCGGGCCUAGCAUAUGCCGAUGAACCUUUGGCUGACGACGAGUGGCUACAAAACUACAACAGGCAAGAAAGUGAACGGCUAGAAUUACAAGAAAAGCUAGGGAGAAGACCGGAUGGUUCUGUUGAAGUGAGCGAGUGGUAAGUACUUGGUAAACAUCGAUAAAAUUCGUGUUUGUUUCGGAUUAUUAAUAUCGAAUAUAUGCGUGGAAAUUUUAUGAUUUCUAUCUAUAAACUUCGAAUGUUUUUCUCCUUUUUUAUCACAGGUGCAAUUGUGGGAAUUGUGACAUAACCUUACUAACAAAUAAUAGUGAAUGUCAUUGUUGUUGUUUUGAACUGGAAGGAUGCGAGGAAGCUAUGAAUCGCGAAGAAGUCAUACAGGAUCUCAAAGCCGAAGGCGUGCAAAAUGCGAAGUGUGUAACACAACACCCGGGAUUCAACCCCGUAUGCCUUCAAAAGUGGAGUUUGAAGAUGGCUGCUGACAGAUAUAAAACCAAAGAUAAAAGCAAAUACAGUCAAACGUCAACAGAGAAUAGGUUAGACAAUUUAUUCAAUUAUGUUGUUAAAAUUUUUCUUUGUUGCCAAAGUUUUACCUCUUGACUUGUUUAUUUAUGCACCUAUCAAUGUUUUCCCCCUGAGGGGGGGGGGGUGCGGGCAACCCAGGGCAUCCCCGCUGUUGGGCAAGAAACGGCCGUCAAAAUUCCCCACUAUAUUUCUAAGAUAACAAAGCACAUAUAUGUUUUCCAAUGCAAACAUACAGGUCUAUACUGGUUUAAACUUGGUAAAAAUUGAGACACUGUGUAUAAAAGGCUAUAAAAUACCUUUUUCGAUGAAACUUGAUCGUGCUUCUCCGCCAUACUUGUUACCAGGCCUUUCAAUGUCAAAACUGUGCAAACUUUCAAGAUGGCGGAUGUCGGAAAUUUCCCAACUCUGGGAGUUGAUGCAUAGGUCAGAUUUCCCUCACUGGGGCUUCAUAGUGUGGUCAAAUUCCCCUGGGUCGCCUGCAUCCCCCCCCCCCUCAGGGGGAAAACAGUGAUAGGUGCAUUAAAAUUAGCCUCUCAAUACAUUACUAUAUAUUAGAGGUGUGCAAAUCCGAUCCGCAUCCGAUCCGUUCGGAUUUCGGAACCAAAAUAUUCAUUUCGUAUCGAUAAAGUUGUUUCAUAGUCGGAUCGGACUUCGAUAUCCGAAAUAAAAUGAAUUAAUUAUCUAAUGCAUUAUUCGUUUGAUACUUCAAUUGGAAUUGGAAUUUGUCAGCUUCUUGACAUGUAUUUCUUGCUUUUAUAUUUAUUUGGUUAAAUAUUUCAACUUGAAUGAGAAAUUUAUUUUAUUAAAGAAUUCUUCGGAUCGGAUCGAAACUCGGAUUCAGAUUAGACAAUUUCGGAUCGGAUCAGAUUUUAAACAUAGGCAAUUGUCGGAUUAUAAACGUCCAAUCCGAUCCGAUGCACACCUCUACUAUAUGUAUAGGUAGAUAAUGAUUUGCUAAAUACAAAGAUAGAAAAUAUCAAUUUAUACUUUUGUAAAUGAGGACUAUACUGUAAUUGCAGGCAACUUCUUAGCCUGGUUCACAUGGUAACAAAUCAUGAACUUCCAUUUAUUUUGUUUUAGCUUUCUACGCAGUAUCUCAUAUAGAGAGUUCACAAGACUAAUAUAUGGACUUCUUGGCAACAGAAGAAUCCCACUACCUGCAUGUGCCUACAUUGCAAUAAGAAAUACAUUUCCCAUCAUGGAAAAGGAAGGACAGUUUACUGGAUAUUCUGAUGACUCGGACUAG